CGUGACGUCACGUGUAAACAACAGCCAACGGCACCCAUGGCCUGUAGCCGCGCUUCGCUCAGCCAGCUGCGCAGCGAUGAUGCAGCUGAAGAACCGCGCGAGGUUCGGCCCGCUGGGCCUCGCUGCUGCCAGGCUGCUCUCCUCGGGGCCCGUCCGGAACCCCGUCGUGUUUCUGGACGUGGAGGCCGACGGCGAACCUCUUGGAAGAGUCACCAUUGAGCUGAACGCCGACGUAGUGCCAAAGACUGCAGAAAACUUCAGAGCCCUGUGCACAGGAGAGCAUGGUUUUGGAUACAAAGGCUGCAGGUUUCACAGGAUCAUCCCCGGAUUUAUGUGUCAGGGAGGGGAUUUCACCAACAACAAUGGCACAGGAGGCAAGUCUAUAUAUGGGAAAACAUUCAAAGACGAGAACUUCAAACUGAAACACACAGGUCCAGGGACACUUUCCAUGGCAAACUCGGGGCCGAACACGAACGGCUCUCAGUUCUUCAUCUGCACGGCUAAAACCGAAUGGCUGGAUGGGAAGCACGUGGUCUUCGGCCAGGUGAAGGACGGCAUGGACGUGGUCGUGAAGAUGCAGGCCUUCGGUCUACACGACGGAGGCGUGCUCAAGGCCAUAGUCAUCACUGACUGCGGAGAGAUCAAAUAAAAUCCCCGGGCUGCUCCUCGGAUGCUUCUGCAGGCAAUGGUUAUUAACCUUUCCGUACUUAUGGUCAUGUUUAAAAAUGACCUGAUAUUUAACCUUCAUAUAUUUAUGCAAAGUGAUCAAGAUUCUGGUCUUAAGCAAAGAAAAAAAAAA